AUGGAACAGUACAAGAAAGCCAUGGAACGAGCGCGAAGGUCGAGGGAGAUUUCCCUCUUCGCCGAUGUCGUGGAGGGUUUGAUUGAUAAGCACAGCUUCGAACCCGAUAGGCAUCCUAGUACUACGCCAGGCAAGAAAGACCAAACUCUAACGCACUUGACCGGAAAAGUUCCAAUCCUAUAUUCCGGGACCUUUCGAGCUUUAUACAAUGCUGCUCUAUGGGAAUUGUUGUUGCUAACGCGGAUUCCUGGGUUUUUGGGGAGGCACGCGAUUGGUGGAAAGAAAUGGAGAGGAGCAUAUGUAGCUUAUUCCCACGAUAUAAUCGAUGAGACAAUCGACUGGUGCCAAAAAUCCGAUUGGGCUAUCAUCGAAGCAGCUUGGCUCUUGGUAUCCGAUUCAUUGGAUCAAGUCCUGGAGUCGAUGUUAACUAUCCAAACCAAGUACACCAUCCAAUCGACAGCAGCUGCUGAUCCGAACGAUAAUAGGGACCUCCACGAAAGAAACGCGCCAAGAGAACUGCCAAUUCAAGCGGCCAAGUCAGCCAUACCGCUCGUAAAACUAGCACGAAUCUUGGCCAAGAAAGCCUCGGAAACAAUCUUGAAGAAAAAACUAUCGGCCAUGGGACGUACAGAGCUUAACUCGGGGACGAUGAAGCAGUUGUACGAAGCCGCUGGAUCAAUGCUUAUCCCUCUAAGCUACCUCUCCUUCCUCUUACCCCAGAUUAGCCACUCAGCUCAAAUCGUCCGUAUUGAUGAUCAAAAUGAACUUCGAGCCACAGUCAACGAGCUGCCAAAUGAUAUGGAAUCCACUCUAAGCGCCCUAGAUUCUUACCUGAUUCCCCUUCUUCUUCAAAUUGAAGAUGAACCACCCGAAGAUCACUUGAAGUCUUUCUUUCCAACAUUAAAACAAUCCUGGGAUAAGGCUAGUGAUCACUUGAUGGAUGUUCUUUUAUCCUUUGAAGUUGAACGUAUAGCUAUUUGA